CGGAGGACUGAGGAUUUCACUCUUCGCUCGUCCCCUUCAUUUAGUCCGCGGUAAAGAGGUCCGCCCAGGUAGUGUGCGGAUACUGUCUACCUCUCCAGCUACCGAAUAUUUGGUUUUAAACAUAUAUACUACCGACAUAUUUUUCUGCAGAGAGGAAUGAGCAGAAGGAUAAAUCUCCCGUGACUUUUCAGAGGAGAGAGUGGCCCCCGGUGCCAGCAGGGCAGAUAGUUGCUGUCUGCCUGUGCCGCUGCUGCGGGCAGAGGACUACAAACGCUAGCUUACUUCUGCUUAUGUCUCCUGUAUGAAAUAACAGCGCCAAGAUGGACCUGAAGGUGAUCUUGAUAUCUCUGUUGUUAGGAGUCUUUUGCUACUGUAAUCCUCAGAAAGAGGGGAACGAGUGCAUCAGUGCCAAUGCCAAACACUGUGGGGAAUGCAUCCAGGCUGGAGCCAAAUGUGGCUGGUGUGAACAGGAAGACUUCCUCAAACAGGGUGAAGCCUUGUCAACCCGUUGUGAUGAGGUAGAGUCUCUGAAAGAAAGGGGCUGUAAUGAUUCUCAAAUUCAGAAUCCAAUCGGCAAGAAGUCGAUCAUCACAAACAAGCCUGUGACCAAUCGCAAAAAGGUUACUGGGGUCGAAACCAAUAAACCAAAGCCAGAGGAAAUCACUCAGAUCCAGCCCCAGAAACUCAGACUGAACCUUCGAUCUGGUCAGCCCCAGUCUUUUGACUUGAAGUUCAAACGAGCUGAAGAUUAUCCCAUUGACCUGUACUACUUGAUGGACCUGUCCUACUCAAUGAAGGAUGAUCUGGAGAAUGUCAAGAACCUGGGAACCAGUCUCAUGUUGGAGAUGAAAAAGAUCACCAGUGACUUUCAUAUAGGUUUUGGUUCGUUUGUGGAGAAGACGGUCAUGCCGUACAUCAGCACCACUCCGUCCAAGCUGCUAAACCCGUGCACGGGGGACCAGAACUGCACCAGCCCCUUCAGCUACAAGAAUGUCUUGAGUCUGACCAGCGACGGCAAUAUGUUCAACUCUCUGGUGGGCAAGCAGCAAAUCUCAGGAAACCUGGACUCUCCAGAGGGGGGCUUUGACGCCAUCAUGCAAGUGGCUGUUUGCAGGAAGGAAAUUGGCUGGAGGAAUGUUACGCGUCUGCUGGUGUUCUCCACUGAUGCCGGUUUCCACUUUGCUGGAGAUGGCAAACUGGGAGGCAUUGUACUGCCUAAUGAUGGAAAAUGUCACUUGGAGGACAAUGUGUACACAAUGAGCCACUAUUAUGAUUAUCCCUCAAUUGCUCACCUGGUCCAGAAGCUAAGCGACAACAACAUUCAGACUAUCUUUGCAGUCACAGAGGAGUUUCAGCCUGUGUACCAAGAACUGAAAAAUCUGAUACCAAAGUCUGCAGUGGGUACGCUGUCUGCCAACUCCAGCAAUGUAAUCAACCUCAUCAUAGACGCUUACAAUUCUCUCUCAUCUGAAGUUAUUCUAGACAACAGCAAGCUCCCAGAGGGAGUGGAGAUAGAAUACAAAUCGCAGUGUAAGAACGGAGUGGUUAACGACAAGGACGAUGGACGAAAGUGCUCCAAUAUCUCAAUUGGAGAUGAGGUCAACUUUAACAUCACUGUGACAUCUAAGGGCUGUCCAAAUGACGGCAAGAGCGAGACCAUCAAGAUAAAGCCGCUGGGAUUCACAGAGGAGGUGGAGAUUAUCCUCAACUUCAUCUGUGACUGUCAAUGCCAGAAUAACGAUGUUGUUAAAAAAAGCGAAAAGUGCUCCUUAAAUGGGACCUUUGAGUGUGGAGCGUGCCGGUGUUUCGAAGGCCGUGUGGGUAGAAAUUGCGAAUGCAGUAGCAACGACAUGGCUACAGACGACAUGGAUCAGACCUGCCGUAAAGACAACAGCACAGACAUCUGCAGCAACAACGGAGAAUGCGUGUGUGGCACAUGCGAGUGCAAGAAGAGACCCAACCCAGAGGAGAGGUACAGUGGCCAGUUCUGCGAGUGCGACAACUUCAACUGUGACCGCUCUGGAAACAAACUGUGUGGAGGGAAUGGACGCUGUGUGUGCAGGGAGUGUAUCUGCGACCCCAUGUGGAGCGGUAGAGCCUGUGACUGUUCUCUGGACAACAGCACAUGUUUGGCCACCAACAAGCAGAUCUGUAACGGCAGAGGAAGAUGUGAGUGUGGCGUUUGCAAGUGCACAGACCCCAAGUUCCAGGGUCCCACAUGUGAAACCUGCCCUACCUGUCCAGGAGUCUGCGCUGAACACAAACUGUGUGUCCAGUGCCGGGCAUUUGGCACCGGUGAGAAGAUGAAAACAUGCAAAGAGGAGUGCAGCUACUUUAACCUGAUUACAGUGAAGGACAGGAACAAGCUGCCGCAGCCCAAUGACUACCCUUACCCUGUGAUGCACUGCAAGGAGAGGGAUGCCAAUGACUGCUGGUUCUACUAUACCUACGCUGUCAACGACACGGAAAGGGAAGUCCAUGUGGUCGACAAGCUGGACUGCCCCUCCGGUCCUGACAUCAUCCCCAUUGUGGCCGGCGUGGUCGCAGGCAUUGUCCUCAUUGGCUUAGCCCUGCUGCUGAUCUGGAAGCUGCUGAUGAUCAUCCACGACAGAAGAGAGUUCGCCAAGUUUGAAAAGGAGAAGAUGAACGCCAAAUGGGACACAGGUGAAAAUCCAAUCUACAAAAGCGCCGUGACGACUGUGGUCAAUCCCAAAUAUGAAGGCAAAUGUUAGCUCCACAGUUCAGCUCUGCUAUCAAGUAUCCGACAGCCGCAGCCUUUACCGUAGCUUUGAGUUCUGACAGGAGCGUGCGGAGGAAUUUAUGUGCAUUUUUUUUCCUAUUUGCUUUAUCAUUACAGUGUAUACAUUUGCCCACUGCAUCACUAUUUUUACUAACACUUGAUGAUAUGAUUUUUAUGCAUUUGUUGUAUUUUAGAUGUACAGUAUGUGUAUAUACUUUUAAGUUGCGUAUUUGCGUAUUCUCCUGCCGCUGGACUGGUACAGGCAGAGGACUUGGCUUUUUUUUUAGCAACACCGCGUAGACACCAUGGAUAAUAUAACAUGUGCACAACACUCCUUCAGCUUCUGUCUGUCUCUACUCGUCUGUCUCUGUCUGCACUGACCUCCUGUGAGUUUCUGUAUGUUUGCUGACAGGGCCUGAGUUUAAUAUGUAAAUUCUUGGCCAUAUCAGGACAGUAUGCCGGUGUGUAUAUAUCGAAAACAACUGCAAUAGGAAGUACUGAGUAAUGUUGAGCAUUCGACUUAGAUUAGGCUAUUGCACAGUCUAUUAUGCAGUAUAUAUUAUAUUUAGUGCAGCUUAAUAACAUCUAGUGAUUCAAACAUAAUUAAAGGGAACGUAUACCACUUGUUCAGAUUUUGAAAAUGUGGUGGUAAUGAACAAUCAAUGGAGUUUUAUUACUAUAAAACAAAUUACUGCUUAACUAAUGAGAUAUGAUUGUAUAUGGUAAAUGAAGUAACUUUAACACUCAUUCUCAGGUCCUUUGCUGUCUUCUUGUCAAGUACACCAAACGCAUGUCCUGUCAGUGAACUGGUGAAGUCGCUCGUUUGAUCCGAUCGUGCUGGUUUUAAGUUUUUGAGACUGUGAGGCUGAAACUGUCUUUGAAACGUCACAUGAAGAACCUCUGAAAUGUUUCCCACACCCAAAUGCCUCUGAGAUACCACACUCAAGCCUUUACAGUAUUAUUUUCAAAGUGCCUUUUAUUUCAGUAUCAUGUUCUCCCACAGUGCUGUUUAUGACUUAUUUAUUAAAUAAUGGACAAAAAAA